AGACCCUGCCUUAUAAAAAGGGGAAUCAUUUAUCUGAAGCGACUAUACCUGGAACAGACCAGACAUCACACACAAGAUGCCGACAUACAAGCUCAAGUAUUUCCAAUUCAAAGGUCGCGCCGAGGUAUGUCGCCUCCUGUUCGCCUUGGCUGGUCAAGAGUUCGAAGAUAUCCGCUACAGUCAAGAUGAAUGGAAAACGGAAAAAAGUAACGUUCCUUUCGGACAGAUACCAAUUCUCGAAGUGGAUGGGAAGUCUUACAGUCAGAGCAGCGCCAUUUGCAGCUUCCUGGCAAGAAGAUUCAAAUUAUAUGGUACGGGAGACAUCCAAGCCCUUGAAGUGGAUCAGGUCCUGGGUGUAGUCCAGGAUAUAUCAAAUACCGUGAUCAAAGCCUUUUUUGAGAAGGAUGAAGCCAGGAAGGCGCAGUUCAUGAAAGAGAACAAAGAAGAAAAGCUGCCGCAGUAUUUUGGGAUGCUGGAAAAGCUUCUGGAGAAAAACGGAAGUACAGGAUUCUUCGUCGGCAAAUCGAUUACCCUUGCUGACGUCACUGUGUUUGACAUGUGCGAAAAGAUCCAAGCAAUGGUGGACUUAGACAAGUUCCCUCUGGUCAAGAAAUGCCGGGAAAAUGUAGCUUCUAACCCCAAAAUCAAGAAAUGGCUUGACACGAGGCCUGUUACAGAAGGCUAGUUAAGUGACAUCCACAAAGACCAUAUAGAAACGCUAUUUUUUAUAUAUUCAUUCGUUUUACACAAAUCGCUGCAUGAAUCAUACAUCUAUGCUGUAUGUUUUAGUAACUGUAUUGAUCCUGUUAUUGCAAAUAAUUCACGUUCAUGGGUGACAAGUACCCACUGUGCUGCAAUUAAGCAUGAAAAAGUUUACUGUUGAAAUUUGGUGUCCCCGACAUUCCUUAGUGCUGUAGACGAUAUUCUAUAGAAAGAUGAUUCAAUGUUUUAUGAUUUUGUGUUCCUCAUGUACAAAAUAUUGUUGUACAUGUUAUUAUGAGAAACAUGUUUUCAACAUUUACAAAUAAAGGUUUUCAAAAUU